GCCAUGGCAAAGGAUGGUUUUCCAGCAUCUCCUAUGGGCCUGGUGGCAGCUCUGUGCUCCUGGGGUUCAGGGAUUUUCCCCAUCCCUCUGAGCUCUUGGCAAAGGGCGCUGCUGAUAAGGGGGGAUCCAGUGGCCUAUUGCACAAUACUCUGCCCCAGUGCACAGAUCCUCAUUUAUACUGGAACACAGGAAAACCGCAAGUGCUCCUGGAUGGGCUCAACCUGCCAGUCCACCUUUAUACAACUCCAGUUUCCCUCCCCAGGUUGCUGUUAGUGUCUUGGUGCCAGCAGUGUGAGCUGUCCCCUGUGUCCCCAUCCUGCCACACCAGAGGACACCAUGCUGACGGCUCUGAACAUCGCUGUGCUCUAUGUCCUGCUGUCCCCAGCCCUGAGCCAGCUGCCGACAGAUGCUGUCCUCCGCCUCAACAAAGGUGUUCUGAGUGAUGCUCUUGCAGGUUCCCUGCAACAAGGUGCAGUCCUACAAGGAGCCCUCGGAGAGUUGCCCAUCAGCAGGAUGCAUGGAAGCAGAGCACUGCAGGACAGCCACGGAGGGGGCCUCCUGGGUGGUGGGGGGCUGCUUGGUGGCCUGCUGGGUGGUGGGGGGCUGCUGGUUGGGCUGACAGGUGGUGGGGGGCUGGUUGGGGGACUGACGGGUGGCCUGCUAGGUGGAGGUGAGGGUGCUGAUCUCCUUGGUGGAGGGAGUGAUGCAGGUGAUGGUCUCCGUGGCAAUGGAGAUGCCUCCUGGAUGGAUCCCUAUAGCAGUCCCCCUCCCAGAAGCUGGUCUGUCCCCAGGGGGUCCCUUCCUAUGGAUGUGCCGGGUGCAGCAGAGGGGCAGGGGGCUCUGCUGGGUGAUGGAGGCCCCUCCGGCACAGCUGGUAUCCUUGGAGGAGGCUUGCUGGGUGUCCUUGGGGAUGGAGGCCUGCUCAGCACGGUGCAGGGGCUCACAGGGCUGAGGAUCGUGGAGCUGACACUGCCCAGGGUGUCCCUGCAUCUCCUGCCCGGCAUCGGCCUCCAUCUCAACCUCUACACACGGGUGGCACUCAAUGGCAGAAGCCUCCUGGGUCUGCUGGACAUCGCUGUGGAAGUGAAUGUCACCUCACGGGUCCGGCUGACUAUGGAUGGCACCAGCUACCCCAAACUGGUGGUGGAAAAAUGCAACACGCUCCUGGGAGGCAUUAAAGUCAGACUGCUGAGAGGCCUGCUCCCAAUUGUGGAUAAUUUACUGGCUGGUGUCCUGAAUAGACUUCUUCCUAAUCUGCUCUGCCCAGUAGUUGAUGUUGCCCUGGGACUUGUCAAUGAUCAACUGGGGCUGGUCAACUCACUGGUGCCACUGGGGUUGCUGGGCAGCAUCCAGUACACCGUGUCCAGCCUGCCGCUGGUGACCAGCCAGUUCCUUGAAGUAGACCUGAAUACUGUGGUCGGACGAGUAGCAGGAGGUCUGGUCGAUUACCCACUGGGAAGACCAGAAAGAGUCUCCACACCUCCAAGAGUCCCCAUGCCACCUCUGCCGCCGAUGCCAGACACCAGCUCCUCCCAGCUGGGCCUAUCUGUGAACGUCCUCAGCUCAGUGCUGGCUGCCUUGCAGAAGGAAGGAGCCCUGGACCUGGACAUCUCCAAUGACAUGUUUCCUGAGCUUCCACCACUGACAACGUGGACUCUUGGAGCCCUGGUUCCUGUGGUUCUUAAGGCGUACCCUGAGCCGUGUGACUUGCUGCUGAAAAUCACAGUUCCCAAAGCACCCGUGGUGACCUUCAAGAGAGAUAGAGCUGCCAUCCAGCUCAAGGCUACAGCAGAGGUGGUGGCCACACACUCAGCCGACGUGCAGAAGUUUCUCUGCCUUCUGGAUAUUGAUGCGUCUUUGCUGGCUCAGUUUGCUGUUGAGGCCAACAAACUGAAGAUCAGUGCCGGCCUUGAGAAAACUGAGCUCUCCUUGGUGUCUUCAUCCAUUGGUGAUUUUGAUGUCUCGCUGCUGGAGACGUUGAUCAACAAGGUCUUCAAUGCUGCCUUCCUGCCUGCCCUGAAUGCUGUGCUGGGCCAUGGGGUGCCUCUCCCACAUCUGCUGAACAUCGACUUCACCAACGCUGACAUCUACGUCAUUGAGGACCUCCUUGUGCUGUCGGCGUGAGCCACACGUUGCCCAGCUGCCCCCGGGAUGGGAGCCCAGCCUGAUGCUGCCCACCUGCACUUCCCUCUGCACCAAUGCGAGCAAACCAGCUCCUCCAUGAAAACAUCACAUCCUCCCUGCAUAGCUUUGAAUAUAGAAGGAAACAUGGGUGGUCACUGCCUCUGA